UACGGUAUGACAACACAAGAGCCGUGUUUGCAUGUACAAUGUACGUGCAUUCCCUCACAUACGAGUACUAUAAAUGAUGAGUGAUUUACCCAGUGAUUUUCCAUUCCAUCUUGCGAGAAUAAAUACCAUCGACGAAAGACAAAUUUUCUCACGUAUUCGUUAUAUAUUCGUACGGUAUUUAUAUUUAUACCUGAGUUUUGGUUUAUCUAGAAGUCAUCAUGCCGCUUGCAGUAUUUGUAACGAAUGUUGAUAUGAGCUCGACAAUGGAAGAAUUUGCCACAGGCAUCUCCCACAUACUAUCGGACAGACUGCAUCGGGAAGAGGAGAAAAUAACUGUCAGCAUUCAGCCGAAUCAAUUCAUGUUUCGUGGGGGCUCCACUGACCCUGCCGGGUAUGUCUCAUUGUGUACAUCCCGUGGCUUUGGAGAUGUAGAACACAGAAGAGAUACCUCUCAAAAGGUCUUGGACUUCAUCAAGGAACAACUUAAACUUAAAGAUUCUUCCAGGUUCAUGGUAUACAUGCACACGAUGUCAGCAGAUGAUAUUGGCAUCGAUGGCGGUCUGGUAUCCGAUAGGUUUGGUUGCAUGGGCCAAGGAGGACCGUUUGAUGUCAGAUGGCACAAAUUGACCAAAUAAAUAUCGCCUUACCGUAUCUAUUUGCCCACGUACAGAAAUUUGACUUUUGCUUUUGUUUUCGUAAUGAUAUACAUCGUUUUUUUAUAUUUUAUGUUGUUUUCAGUUUCAUGACUGAAUUUUGUUGAUCUUGGUUUUUUCAAAUCUCCAUGAUUGCCUCAUCUUUUCAUUUUUUUCUGUUGUAUAUAUGUCUAUGAAAUCAUGUUGUUGAAAUAUUUCAUUUUUAAAAUUUAUCAUUACAGAGCGAUAUUAUAAACAUGCCAUGGCAUCAAAUAUUCCAUAUUACUGUUUUUGUUUUAAACAAUGUGUUUCUUUUAGAAAUAAUAUACAUGUACUUGUUUGAAAUAUUUUAUUUGCAUUGGCUGCUGUAGAUCGUUGCGUUAUGAGGGUGACCACAAUUCUAGUAUUUUUGUUAUAUGUCAUUUUGAAAUAAACCUUAGUUUUAGAAACUUGAAAGUACAUGUAUUAUUUUGGCCCUGUUUUGUAAGUCUACUAAAGGUACUGUGUUUUGAAAUCAUCUGUAUAGAGUCAAUAUAACAUCGCUUUUCUCUAUAUGGGUAAUGUGUGGACAUGUUAUUUUGGUUUUAAUAGAGAUUAAAACAUGCAUUGAUGAAAGUUAAAGUGCUUUGAGCGUUGAAAAGGAAUUUUUUUAAAUAAAUAAAUAAAUGCAACUGAGAAACACUGUGUAGCGGUUUUGGAGAUCUUGAAAGGGAUAUGCGGUUGAUAAGUCAAUUUCACUUGCAUAGUUACAGUAUUAUGUUUAGUGUUACUUAAAACAUACAUGUAUUCUGUUGUUUCGUUUUUCUCAUUCGUUUUUUUUUUUUAACGUGUCAUUAUUCUGUUCAUUAUAUGCCAGUGCCAUCAGAGUUUGGGCGGAAAGCAUUAAGAUUCCGUUUUUUUUAUCCACCCAUUCCCUCUUUCCCUCUUUCCCUCGUUCCAUUACAGAAUCUUGAGAUCAAUUUGUACUGGCUUUAACAUUUUUAAGGGUCAUAUAUUCAAGAGCCCAAUGUGCAUGAACAUAAUGUAAUUGUAUUGAAAUACCCAUCAAUAUAUUACCAAAACUCACAAUGUAUACAUUUUAAAAAUUAUUCUGUGACACCAUUAUAAACGAUUCAUUGCGUCACCUCAACCUUUGCUACAAAGAAUUGAAGUCUAGAGAUUGCCGGAUUACGUUGUCGUAAGGUUGAAGGUCUAAGUUGUAGAUUUCACAGAUAAAUUCUUUGGUAGAGAAAUUUUUUUGUUUUGUUAUUUACCAUUAAUCUUGAUUUACAUUGUGGUAAGUACGAUUCAAAGGUAACCAGAGAAUGACGAGGCACACCUUAUUGCUGGAGUUGUCGGUAGAUGAGUAUAUGACAACUCGCCUGCCCCCCAUGAAUUAAAAAUUGCCAGCUCUUUGGUCGGUAAAUUGGACACCCCCCCCCCCCCCCUUCUUCAAAAUGGUCUAGUAAUGCUUUGCCAUAAUAGUAUUUGGGAGGCGUAAUUGCUUAUACAGUACGCGUUAAACAAUAGUAGUUAGUAUACGAUUUUAUAUAGACUUAAACGGUUGACAAUGUAGAUGUAUUCAUGGAAAGUGGAAUUUGUGUUUCUUGCCCAACGAGAAUUUCUCUUUAACUCAUUUAAUGUUUUAAAAAUCAUCACUUGCCUGUCUCGUUUGUUGUGAAAGUAAGGUGAUAUCUUGUCAAUAAUAUUUAAUUCCACGGUAUUGAAGUUGUUUUUGUUGACAUGUAUGAUGUAUUUCUUGUAUUUUUGAAAUUUUUGUAGUUACCGGCAUUUCUUGUCCUUUGAAAGAACUUGUGCAAAUAUUUUUACUAUUAAACGCAUGCCAACGUAAACAUUUUUU